UUACCAGACCUUAUUUAAAUAAGUACAUAACGAUGUCGUUGAAAGCCAAGGCACUUUACAGCUUCCAGAGUGAAAAUAAAGAAGAGAUCAAUAUUCAGGAAAACGAGGAGCUACUAAUUUUUGACGACACUUCUUUAGAUGGAUGGCUACAGGGCCAAAACAGCAGAGGUGAGAGAGGUCUGUUUCCAGCCUCUUACGUGGAAGUAAUCAGACCCCGGUCUAACUCCAGCCUUACAGACAACUUUGUGAGCCCAGCUGGUUCUCCUGGCAAUGGCUCCUUCUUUUACACCCCAGACCCUUCACACACACCCUCCAACCACCACGGGAGCUAUGACGAUGAUGAUGAUGAUGACUGGGACGAUUGGGAUGACAGUUCCACUGUGGUGGAAGAGUCUCGACGAGGUGGGAGUGCUAAUGGACAUGCCCACCCCUACCAGACCCCCCACGACAAUGUACAGUACAGACCCAAGCUGCCCUUGGAGCGCCAAGACAGCAUGUCCAGCGCUAAAAGGAGCAGUAUGGUGGGCAGGAACCUGAACCGCUUCUCUAGCUUUGUGCGCUCCGGGGUGGAGGCGUUUGUGCUGGGAGACGUGCCCAUGAUGUCCAAGAUCUCCGAGACAUAUGCCAUUGAGAUGGGCACCAGGGGACCCCAGUGGAGUGCCAACCCAAGGCCCUUUGUCUGCUACAUCGAGGAGCCGAUCAAGCAGACCAAAUUCAAGGGCAUCAAGACCUACAUCUCCUACCGGGUGUCCCCCAGCCACACAGGCAGCCCUGUCUACCGCCGCUACAAGCACUUCGACUGGCUCUACAACCGGCUGCUGCACAAGUUCACCGUCAUCUCAGUACCCCACCUGCCAGAGAAGCAGGCCACUGGCCGAUUCGAGGAGGACUUCAUCGAGAAGCGCAAAAGGAGGCUGAUCCUCUGGAUGGACCACAUGACCAGCCACCCUGUUCUCUCCCAGUAUGAGGGCUUCGAACACUUCCUCAUGUGUGCCGAUGACAAGCAGUGGAAGCUGGGCAAGCGGCGGGCAGAGAAGGACGAGAUGGUGGGCGCCAGCUUUCUGCUCACCUUCCAGAUCCCCAGUGAACACCAGGACCUGCAGGAUGUGGAGGACCGGGUUGACACCUUCAAGGCCUUCACUAAGAAGAUGGACGACAGCGUGUUGCAGCUCACAAACGUGACCACCGAGCUGGUACGCAAGCACGUGGGAGGCUUCCGCAAGGAGUUCCAGAAGCUGGGCAGCGCAUUCCAGUCAGUCAGCCAGGCCUUCACCCUAGACCCACCCUACAGCUUCGAUGCCCUCAACAACGCCAUCUCCCACACGGGGCGCACCUACGAGACCAUCGGGGAGAUGUUCGCAGAGCAGCCCAAGGAGGACCUCUAUCACAUGCUUGACAAACUCUCCCUCUACCAGGGACUGCUCUCCAACUUCCCAGACAUCAUCCACCUCCAGAAAGGUGCCUUUGCGAAGGUGAAGGAGAGCCAGCGCAUGAGUGACGAAGGGAAGAUGGACCAGGGGGAGGCCGAUGGGGUGAAGAAGCGCUGCCGGGUUGUGGGCUUCGCCCUGCAGGCCGAGAUGAACCACUUCCACGAGCGGCGAGCCGUCGACUUCAAGGAGAUGAUGCAGGCCUAUCUGAAACAACAGAUCCUGUUCUACCAGCGCAUUGGGAAACAGCUGGAGAGCACCCUCAAGAUGUACGACAACAUUUAACCCCGUGCUAGGCCCUGCUCCCCUUCCUCUAGUCUCUGCUUUCUCUGUCCUGCGUGUCUCUUUCUCUCGCUUUAAAGCCAGGAACCUGUGUAGGAGCUACAAAGGUCACUAUUCCCACAAAUUGGAGAUCAAUUCCACUGGUCCUGUGCUGGGUUUGGAGCUGAGCUGCUGUUGAACUCCUGUUAGACCCAGAUUGAUGCACUCUUUGGACAGUCUGUAGUAUUCGUGUCCAGUUCUGUCCAGGUUGAACCCCACUUGGACCCCCAAAACUACUAGUUCAAAAGGGAUCCACUGCUGGUUAGUGCACUCCAGAUAAUCGCUUGUAAAUAACUUCCAGCGUUUUCUUCUCUGUGAGGGUUUUACCAGUGGGGUUACUUGGAUUUUGGAUGUUUUAAAGUGUAUUCUACUCCUAGCUGCAAUGGAUUAAAGUCUUUCAGAAUUCAACAAUGAGUGACGUCCAUCUUUUUGAAAGCAGGUGGUCAUCUAAUCCUCCGACACUUAAAAUGAUUGCUUCAUAAAUAAUGUAAAUAAGGCCGCCUUUGUAAAACUCUUUGAAGAGGAAGUGUGGAUGAUCUAGUGGGAAGUUCUGUUUCAGGAGUAACCCUGGGCGUAAUCUGUCACCAUCCCACAACAUGGUGGGUGGAGGACACUGCCACCUUUCAAAUGACAUUAAUUCCACCUGCUGUCCAUUGCCCCCAUCCCUCACAACUCUCUACCCUGGCUGGCAGCCUUCAGGACUGGGUGACUGCAGUGGCUCAGGUGUGAGUCACUUUACCAUACCAAAAUGUCUAGCAGUUAACAGUGCCUGUGUGAUAUCGCCUUCUUGGGUAUUCAGGGCGCUAGCAUGCACCGUAGUAGAACAGUGUUUUGAAGGACACAGCUGAAAGCAAUUCUGAUCAAAGGCUAAUCAACCACACUUCCAAUCAUCCUUUUUCAGGAUACGGAAUUCCAGUACCUUCUCAUGUAACAAUUACUCCUGGGCCAAAGAUGUUUAGGGGCUUCUUUUAUUCUUAACCUGAGGGUUGUAUAUGCACUCUUUCAAAAAUAUACUGCUUAUUAUUGAAAUAAGUUACAAUAAGCAGUUCUAUUGGGACACAGUUAUUUCAUUACAAAACUGUAGUGCAAGAGUAGUAUGGGCAUUUUAACACUGUUGCAAACUUGAUCUCCAUGCAUGUGUUAAAACCAUCAAAGAACAUUUGAACCUCAUUUUAAAUCCAUUGAGAGGAAGGAAAAGACCUGAAAACUGUAUAAGUCUCUUUGUACCUACACUAUUUUAAAUAUUUAAACAUUGGGGUUUUUAGAUACCCCACUGUUUAGAUCAAUUGAGAAGACCCCUUUUGUAUUUUUUAAUUUUGCAGUACUACUGCAGAGUUGAUGUGUCCAAAAUAUUGUGAUAGUAGUCCUACAGUACAUUUUGAAAGACUCUUUCACUGUAGAUGAAAACAAUAUUUUGGCUGAAAUUUCUUCCCCUGAGGAUGGGAUUCAGUCUUUGAAUGGUGGUGCUGCUAUUGUAUGUGAAACUGAACUAUCCUUUUUUUUUUUUUUUUAAAUCCAGCAAAGCGCAACAAAAUAUUUUAGCAACUUUAUUUCUUAGCCGUUUGCUAAACAAAUGGUUUCAGAUAUAAUACAUUCAUAAAAUCUUUUCCAACAAAAAAAUAAAUAAACCACCUGGUUUUGAUAAAAAAAAAAAAAAAAAAAAAAAGAUUGGUUCUCUGAAAAGGGAAUAUUAAAAUGUACAUAUCUGUUUCUUAAAUCAAAUAUGGACUAAUUCCUGUUCCUUUCUGUUUGAAGAGGUCAAACUAGUCACUAUUUAUCAAAGCUCUUUACUUCACCAGUAAUGCUACAAAGCUUCCCACAUGAAAAAUAAAUAUAUAUAUAUGAAACAUAUGGUAUUUAUAAUGAGAAAUAUUAUGGAAUAUAUUCCUAUUACACAUUUGUGAUAUAUUUAGGCCAUAGUUUGUUUAAAAUAUAUCAAUGUGACCAAAACAAUAUAUUUAGGUAAACAUUUUACAGCUAUUUCGAUUGUAAUUGAGAUGUACCAGAUUUCAUAAGGGUUGCAGUUGUGUUUGCAGAGUAAAAGGCUUUGAUAAAUUGGUCUUAGCUGCUGUAUCAUUUUACAAGUUUGCUAUUACAAACUACAGUGGACCAACUGCUUAUAUAUAGUUCAAUGUAUGUAACAGGUGUGCAUUUACACUGUGGAGAAAUCUACCAAUAAAAGGCUACUACAGAGUUAUACUGUUAGGGACUUUUAGAUACCACUGUUAACAUUGGAAAACUGUAGCUCUGCAGUGGCCAUAUAUUCCUGUUUUUUUUUUUUUUUACUUCCCAUGCCAAAGUGUAUGACCUCUUCCUUCUAAUUUAACCGUCUUCUUAAAGCAGCAAGACUAACAAUCCUUACCACAACACACCUCUAAUGAAUAAUUAAAUAGUAAGGCAAUUUAAAUGACAUUUUCUUAGUUGAUUUACUGUCCUACUGGCUACAUUUUGUAUGAUAUAGUCUGUGUUAAGGUGCUGCUGUUCAGUUCGGACAUACAUACACACGUAACAAAGGCACUUUCAGCUAAAGUACAUUUUAUAGUGGCAAGCCCCAGCACCAUGUAGUGCACAGGUGUGCAUUUCCAGUGAUAAAAAUGGAAACCUGAUGUAAACGUGCUGUUCACUGGAUGCAGAUGACUUCCAUUUCUAUAGAUAAGCUGAUCAAGCUUCUGUCACAUAUGUCUAUAACUAU